CUGAAACCCUAGGAUUCUCUUCCUCCACCGUAACUCUCACUCCAACGCGCGCGCGCGCGAGAGAGAGAGAGAGAGAGAGAGAGAGAGAUUGGAGGCCAUGGACUACUCCAAUGGAGGAGCCCGAGAGGGAGGAGGAGGAGAUCCUUCUCCCAUGGCGCAUCCGGAGCCCCUCUCAUUGCUUAGAGAGGGGAUCUCCCUCGUCCUCUCUCGAUGGACGGCUCUCCAAGUGGCGAUCGAGAACGAGUGGGGCGGAAGAGACUCCUGUGCCAAAGCCGACGACCUCGCCGCGUCGAUUCUCUCCUGGUUCCUCCAAUCCAAAGAUCCACUCUAUAUCGAUGAUCUGGAGAAUUUGAUAGACGAGAGCAUGGUGCUUUCGUUUAAUUCCGAGAUCGAGGAUGGGAGUGUUGAGGAGGUAGCAGAGCAAUUGAUGGUUAUGCAUGAAGACUCUCUUAAAGGAAACUAUGAAUCCAUUGAAAAGCUAAGAAGGACAGGAACUCAAGUAAAUGCCGUUUCCCGGAGUAGACGGGUGAUCGACGACAACGAAGAUGAAAGCUCAGAUGAGGAAGUGUCAAAGAUGAUGGUAGAUGAGACCAAGCCGAAGGAAAUGGUUGUCAAUGAGCCGAAGCCGUCUAAACCGAUCCCCGAUGAAGAUGGAUGGUCUGUUGUUGCCCAACGGCGCAAUAGGGGUAAAAGGUCUGGAUAACAUAAAUGGUGGCCUAAGAUAACAUAAAUGGUGGCCUAAGAAGACGAUAGAGAUAUGUAUGACUCCAAAUCAUUUCGUGGGUGAAUGUGUAAUUGUUUCAGUUCAUGGCAGGUUGAGAUACAUGUGCUGAAAAUUUUGAUGUUAAAUUUUAUAUAUUUUUUUGCCCAUUUUCUUGCUGCAA